CCGUUAAUUAAGCCAUAAAAAAUUUAUAAGAAGAAACAAACAACAAAGUAGAGAACAAUUUCGUCAAGUAGGCAAAUUUCUUUAACAAGAGAGAGCGCAGAAAGGCGGCGGAAAAAGCUUAAACCAACAAAAUUUUUUCUCUGUGUGUAGUAGACAAGCAACUCCAAAAAAUAAAACAAAUUAAAAAAAAAAUACCCAAAAACCCCAGUGCAAUCCAAAAAACCACUUUGCCAAACCCUCAAUGUGUUUGUGUGUGUGUUUUUGUGUAUAUUUUUAAUGUGAAAAGAGUGGUAGACAGAGAGAAGAAAAUAUUACUAAGCUCCUCCAUAUAAUUACUGAGAAGAACAACAACAGCGCGGAUCUGGCCAGCAGCCCUUACCGCCUGCCCCUACUGCUUACGAAGAACCACAAAAAGGGACACUCGCUGUAAGCCAUACAAGAGCAGGCAGGUUGAAAAGUAUCCUACCUUUAAGUGCGCUUCUAUAUUUAUUUUGCUCACCACAUCUCCACAACCCGCCACAACUCCCAUUCCACGCUGUUAACCGCUUGACGUUUAUUUUGUUGCUGUUAAAAAAAUAAAAUAAAUAAAUAAAAAACGUAAAAUUAGCGAAAGCGAGAAAAUCAUUCAAAAUUAGUCCGCGCUGCCAACCUAUAUUGCUGUCGCUGUCGCCGUCAACGUCAACGCCGUCGACGUCACCACUGUCGCCACAGCUAUGCGCCAUGUCAAAACUGCGGCAUUACAGGUCCAUAGAUCAGCCAUGCGUCUCGACCAGUAUCCGGAAAAAGACUAUGACAGCGAUAUGCUUUGUCUGCAACUUGCCCAUUUUAUCACAUCAAGUGGGCUUGGUGUGGCAGGGCGGGAAUGGCUGGGACGAUAUGGUCAGAGAGCAGCUGGAGGAGUCCACCAUACGACAGCGUUUGGGCGGUCGACGCGACUCAGCAGCGCAGAUAACAACGCCACCUAGCACAUCACCGCCACCAGGCCUUCAGCGCCGUCGACGCAGCUCACUCGCGCAACUCACCGACAUACUACGCGAGUGGAGCGGUGGUGGGGCAGCCAAGCAGCAAACCCAAAGCCAACGGCAGAAAGCACAACUCAAUCGUCGCGAAACCUUAGCUGACCUGGCGCGCAGCCUGCCAUGGCGCACCUCAACCACAGACGCAUCAACCGGCGCCGGUACGGGCACUACCUACAUAACACCACGCAAGCGUCGCGAAUCCAGCGCCGAUUCUGGCAUAAGGAGCAUGCGUUCACGUCGUGACUCAAACACUGCAGAGUUUGUAAAGCAUUGGAAUCGGCGCGAGAGCACGGCUGCCGAGGAGCCUGCUGUGUUAGUGCCGGUUGUUGUGGAGGGAGCCGGACGUAGCAGCUCGCGUCGCGGCUCGGGCGAAAGUUAUCUCUCGAGUCGUCGCGACAGCAACAUUGGCCGUGCCACCACACCUCCACCGCCACCCAAGAUUAGUGGCGCAGCUGCUAAAAAACGCGAUUCAUUAGCCGCACCCGAUUUUCCCAACUUCCGUCAAGAGCAACGCCCCUCUACAAGUUCAGCUGGUUCUGAUUCAGUACCGUUAAUCUCUACCACCAACUAUAAUCAGGUUGAUUCAGCUUGUCAAGCACUACCGCCGCCGACUAUCAUCACCAGCUCGGUUACACCGCCGGCUACCAGUCCGACCGCACCGUUGAAGGGCCGCCGCGACUCGACUACCCAAUGUGGACGUGUUAAUCGUCGUGAUUCAAAGGCGGGCAUUUCACCGGAGCGCGCACCACGCUUGCAACGUCUACAGCGUCAAGCAACGGCUUUCGAUGAGAGCUGCCUGCCUGGCGGCAGUCGACGUGGCUCACAGCCGGCGCUUAGCCCCGAUCCGCCGGAGGAUUGUCCGGGUGCGCGCACGUCGCGUCGUGAUUCGUUGAGUCCGGAUAGCGCAUCACGUGGCGGACGACGUGAUUCACGUGCACAUCUCUCACCCGAUCGUAGUCACGAUCGUGAUAGCAGUCCACGGCGGCAGACGCUGCGCCGGCAGAGCUCUUCGGCUGCGCGCAGCUCACGUUCUCCCGAUUCGAAUAGCUGUUGCUCGUCGCGUGAUCCAAGUCCUUGCUCGCGGCCACCCCCAUUGCCGUCGGCGGAACCGAGCUCGCGUCCAGCUAUACGUAGACAAUCUACGACUGAGGAGAUUUUGAUAGCACGUGGCUUUCGGCGGCAAUCGACCACCGAAGAGAUGAUACGUUGCAGGAAUUUUCGGCGGCAGAGCUCGCAAAGUGACGAUGUGUGUCGUUAUCGUGGUCGGCGAGAUUCUAGUGCUCAGAUCAUUGAUGGCACUAUCGGUACCAUGACGGUAGAGACGACCAGCACUUUCUUCGAUUCGAGCACUCAGACGGAACCAUCGCCGUUAUACGACAACAAUCAUUAUCACGAGGAAUGUCUGCGUUGCAAUUCGUGCGGCUUAAAUUUGACAGGACCAAAUCAAAAGCGCGCCAGACGGUUCAAGAACCACAUUCUCUGCGACCUGCACUUCGCAGACGUUGCCCUAAUGGAGUGUUCCGAUUUUAUGCAACAGCUGAGAAGCUUCAAGCCACAAUCACUCGGUUGCGCCGUUGCGAGACGAAAAAGUUCAACAACGUUAAUUUUCCCGUUGCCGCCGCAGGCUUGUUCAGAUGAAUUUUGCGAAGAAUACCCACACAAUCUCAUGCCAACGCCUGGCUAUUGGAUCGAGUGUUCACGCCAGAAAAUCACACUCCAAACGCCGCACACGAUCUGGGAUGAGAGCGACUCGGAGCACGAGGACAUACGAGCGGGCAGCUCCAGCGAUGCAUAUCUCGAGCGUGAGUGCAGCGACCUCUACGAAGACGAUGAGGACUCGGAAGCGACACCAAGGAAAAAGACAACAAUCGAAGACCAGUGGGAUCAACAGGGCGCAUUCGAGCUCAUCUCCGUCGAACAGGAGACUUACGAGAAGUAUUUCUACGGCACCGAACAUUGGAACUAUUUCACGAGCGAUGAGGAUCUCGGACCGGUCAUACUCUCCAUUAAGCAGGAGACCCUAAACGGACGCGAUCAAUUUCGCAUUUUGGUGCGCGCCGGCUCCUAUACGGUGCACGGGCUGAUACCGGCCUCGUGUGUAUUCGCCGAUAGAUAUAAUCGCGAGGAAGUAGUUAGAUCUUUAGGUAAAGAAGUAAAUUUAAAUCCACCCUUAACAUUAGGCCAGCUACCCGACACGCCCGAGGAACUGCUGAAAUUAGAUCAGGUUUUUAUAAAAUCCGAGCUAAAAGUGGGCGUGAUCUAUGUCAAGGAGGAUCAAUAUUCGGAGGAGCAAAUUUUAGACAAUAACGACAAUUCCAUGCUUUUCGAUGAAUUCCUAACGUUACUCGGCGAUCGUGUACGUUUACGUGGUUUCGACAAAUACAAAGGUGGCCUUGAUACGGUGCAUGAUUUGACAGGUCUCUAUUCGGUUUACACCAAUUGGCGUAACAUUGAGAUUAUGUUUCAUGUAUCUACGCUCUUACCCUAUGAGAAGCAUGACCCGCAGAAGCUACAACGCAAGCGUCAUAUAGGCAAUGAUAUAGUCUGCGUGGUGUUCCUGGAGGCAGACAAUACACGCUUUAGUCCUGCCUGCAUUAAGUCACAUUUCCUGCACACAUUUAUAUUGGUGCGUGUCUCGGCUCGCAUUAAGCACAAACCCACACGCUAUGAGGUUUCGGUGGUGACGCGUGAUGAAGUUGGCGCCUACAAACCGUAUCUGUGGGAGCAGUCAGUUUUCGAGAAGGGGCCAAUGUUUCGCGAAUGGCUGCUCACGAAAAUCGUAAAUGGAGAACGUGCCUCGUAUUCGGCGCCAAAAUUCGCGCGAAUGCAAGAGCGCACACGCUCGCAAAUGCUCGAGGAUUUGGUGAUGAAUUUGUCGAACCACGCUGAGACGGGCCAAAUACCGAAACCGUACCGUAGGGGCUCGUGGCGACCCAUCGGUCACAUGCGUCCCUCGUCGCCGCUGCUCGACUCGGUGCGCGAUCAAUUCGAGGACUACGAUCAGCUGGCAAAGGAUUUUACUCGUGUAUUUCUAAACGAAGAACCGUCGUGCCUACAAAAUGCGCAUCUCUUCGAUGUUGUCUUCCUGGUGGGGCAGUCGAAGCAGAAGGCGCGUUUCAUAGGCGUGCGCGCGAUACUGGGUGUGCGCAGUCGUGUGUUUCAGGAAAUGCUUUACGGUAUUCAAACGGGCUUUGGCUCACCACAAAUACCCGUCGCAGAGAUUUUCGCACGCCCCGCUCCCUCGCUGGUCUCACCGCAAAAUCAAAAGCCGAAGAGCAACAAUUAUCUCACCGUACCCGAUUCGGAUUCGAUACGACCGAAGAGUGUGCCCUCAUCGCCGAUGGUGAAGCGCGCCUUCAGCCGUUUGGGCACCAUCACCGCCGGUUGGGGCCGUUCGAUACGGAAUAAGAAUACGAAUCAAUUGAAUCCGGAGGACAAAAAGAAGUGGAUAUCUUCAACGGAUUGUUCCAAUCGAGACAGCAAAGAUAAGGACAAAGAGAAGGCCAGCAAUAAUCAGUUGGCUGUGCCCAGGCUUUCAGUGUGCGCUGACGCUCAGAAGGUAGAUCGUGCGAAAUUGGCGCAGACUGAGUUCAAUAUUAUCGAGUUCGAUCCAGACACGUUUCGGGUGCUCUUGGAUUAUCUGCACACUGGUACUUGCCCACUAACUUGUGUGUCCAUACCAGGCCUUCUUUGUGCUGCGGAGCACUACGAUUUGCCCGAGCUGUUGCAGGCUUGCUUUCAUCAUUGUAAACAGUUCCUGCGCAUCGAGGUUGUCUGCCCGAUGCUGAUUUCGCUGGAGAACUACUACUGGCGCUACACGUCCGCCUCCGAGUUGGUCAACAUGAUACUCUCCUUUGUCGAGAACAAAGCGCAUGCACUCUUCAAAUGUCCCGAAUAUCUAAAUCUCUCCGAAUCGAUGGUGCAAAUGAUAAUGAAUCGUGAACUCCAAACGCCCGAGAUACGUAAAUUCGAGGCUAUGUUGAUGUGGGCCAAGAAUAAGGUGGCUAAAAUGAAGAACCAUCCCAACAAGGAUACCCAAUUCGAGUUCGAGUGUAUAAUGGAGCGGCUGACGCGCGAUCUCAAUCUCUGUCGCAUAUCGCCGAGUGAGCUUUUGGCCGUGGUCUUACCCUCGAAAGCACUGAAAAAUGAACGCAUCAUGGAGACCCUUAUGAUGCAAGUUAAUCUGGGCACCUAUCGCAUGCAGGAGUUGGACGAGUACCGACAGCAGUUGCGCAGCCAAGAAUCAGCCGAGGCGACGGUACAAGUGCAUCGGGGUGGAUGAGAUAGUAAGAAUGUUAGUUUCGAUUUCGAACGAACCGAAGGUGGUGGCGGCGGUGGCGGCUGCGGCGGCCU